AUGGGAUUGGUUUGUUUUAAAGAGGGUCCACAAACAGUAAUUAGUGCUGAUCCCACAGAUCAAAAGGAUUUAGUGGAGGAUAACGAAGAAGUGAUUUCGUAAUUUCCUUAACAGGAUGAGGAUGGUGAAAAGAUUUCAUUAAGUCAUUUCAUAAUGCUAAGAAAUUUGGGAAAGGGUAGUUAUGGAAAAGUAAUGUUAGUUUAACACACAGUCUCGUUGAAAUUAUAUGCAAUGAAAGUGUUAAUCAAGAAAUCAGUUAAGACACUAACAUAGAAGAAACAUGUGCAAACAGAGAGGAAGGUUUUAGAAAUAACAAAUCACAAUUUCAUUACUAAAUUACAUUAUGCUUUUUAGAGUUAAACCAAAUUGUAUUUGAUAAUGGAAUUUGUUCCAGGAGGUGAGCUAUUUUACCACCUUAAAUUAUAAGGAAGAAUGACAGAGAAAAAGACGAAGUUUUAUGCUGCUGAAAUUUUAAUAGGAUUAGAUUACUUACAUAAACAAAAUAUCAUAUAUAGAGAUUUGAAACCAGAAAACAUAUUAUUAGAUUCAGAGGGACAUAUUAAAUUAUGCGAUUUUGGAUUAUCUAAAAUAUGUUAUGGAAAUGAUAUGUCUGCUAAAACUGUCUGUGGAACUAUUGAAUAUAUAGCACCAGAAGUAAUUAUAGGACAAGUGUAUUCAAAAUGUUGUGAUUGGUGGACUUAUGGAGCCUUAUUGUAUGAUUUGUUGACAGGCAAGCCACCUUUUUAUAGGUUAUCCAGAAAACAGAUCAUAGAAUAUGCAACAGAAAAGGAUAUUGAGAUUCCAUAGUAUUUAUCUGAGGAAGCUACGGAUUUGUUAAAGAAACUAUUAAAGAGAAAUCCACGAGAACGAUUGGGACUAAAGAGAGAUGCUCAAGAAAUCUAUGAGCACCCUUUUUUCAAGGAUGUAGACUUCAAAAAAAUUGGAAGAAAAGAGAUUGCACCUCCUGUUGAAAUGCAAAACGAAAGGCCAUUCAAAUUUUUUGAUUAAAAUCUGAUAAGAAAAUGCAGUGUCAAGGAUACACCAGUUAAUGAUUUUGGUAAGUUCUAGAAUUACUCUAAUUUUACGUACGAUUGUGACAAAUUGGCUAGUGAGUAUAAUUAACUAUUAAUAACUCAUUGA